AUGCCCGUCGCGUUCAGAUACCACCAGCAGGCGCAGUCGACGUUCAAGCCUCCUCUCAUCGCGAAUGAGAAUGCCUUCCUGGGGGACGUGGAUUCAUCGGAUGAUUACAACCCGGAGAAACCCAUGUCGGCCGGCUUUUAUCGCCUGGAGAAGGGCACGCCACUGACUUACGAGUACUCCUACGAUGAGAUGAAGAUUAUCCUCGAGGGGGAGUACGAAAUCUCCGACGAAACCGGGCAGAAGGUCACGGCCAAGCCCGGCGAUGUCUUCCAGUUCCCCAAGGGUGCCAAGAUCACCUUCACCACUCCCUCCUAUGGGCUGGCUUUCUACACGGGUCAACGGGCCAAGGGCGUCUUGUAA